AUGCCAGACCAUUUAGGAGAUGAUAUGCGUAAACUCAAGGAUGCGCCAGAGGAACCAGAAAAAGAAAUCAAAUCCCUCGACGAAGGAGAUAUAGCACUUCUCAAAUCUUAUGGCCAGGGACAAUAUACUAAAAUCAUCAAGGAGGUCGAAGAUGGUAUACAGACUGUGAUGAAGAGAGUGAAUGAACUGACUGGAAUUAAGGAAUCCGAUACUGGUUUAGCUCCACCUGCCCUUUGGGAUCUUGCAGCGGACAAGCAAACACUUCAGAAUGAACAGCCCUUACAGGUAGCAAGAUGCACAAAAAUCAUCAAUGCGGACUCAAAUGAUCCGAAGUAUAUAAUCAAUGUGAAGCAGUUUGCUAAGUUCGUUGUAGAUCUCGCUGACUCUGUUGCUCCCACUGAUAUCGAGGAGGGCAUGAGGGUUGGUGUGGACCGCAACAAAUAUCAGAUUCAUAUUCCAUUGCCACCCAAGAUCGACCCAACGGUAACGAUGAUGCAGGUUGAAGAGAAACCUGAUGUGACAUACAGUGAUGUAGGAGGGUGUAAGGAACAGAUUGAGAAGCUCAGGGAAGUCGUGGAGACUCCAUUGUUACAUCCUGAGAAGUUCGUGAAGCUCGGUAUUGAGCCUCCUAAGGGUGUGUUGUUGUUCGGCCCCCCCGGUACUGGCAAGACGCUGUGCGCCAGAGCAGUCGCCAACAGAACUGACGCGUGCUUUAUCAGAGUUAUUGGUUCGGAGCUGGUACAGAAGUACGUAGGAGAGGGAGCUCGUAUGGUGCGCGAGUUGUUCGAGAUGGCUCGCAGCAAGAAGGCCUGUCUCAUAUUCUUCGAUGAAAUUGAUGCCAUCGGUGGCGCUAGGUUUGACGAUGGCGCUGGUGGCGACAAUGAGGUCCAGAGAACUAUGUUGGAGCUCAUCAACCAGCUCGACGGUUUCGAUCCUCGUGGUAACAUCAAGGUGUUGAUGGCGACAAACAGACCUGAUACUCUGGACCCUGCCCUCAUGCGUCCAGGUCGUCUAGAUCGUAAGGUGGAAUUUGGACUACCAGACCUGGAAGGCAGAGCUCACAUCUUUAGGAUUCACGCAAGGUCCAUGAGCGUGGAGAGAGACAUCAGAUUUGAUCUACUGGCUAGACUAUGUCCUAACUCUACUGGUGCUGAAAUUAGGUCGGUAUGCACUGAAGCGGGUAUGUUCGCGAUCCGCGCCCGUCGUAAGGUCGCCACUGAGAAGGACUUCUUGGAGGCAGUCAACAAAGUCAUCAAGUCAUACGCCAAGUUCUCAGCGACGCCACGCUACAUGACUUACAACUAA